UGGCGACUGUGUACAUGAUGCGAAACUGAAUGGACGAAAAGAACCCCAGAAUUCGUACAAUUCCCCCCUCUUCCCUCCUUCACAUCCCGCUCCGCACUCAUCCACAUGCGAUUACAUUCAAAUGACGACUUUUGAACGUAGUGUGAUGAACUAGGAUGAUAAUAUGACCCAGAAAAAGAAGAAACGAGUGAAUCGCAGUUUGUUACUGGCGAAGAAAAUCAUAAUCAAGGAUGGAGGAACGCCUCAAGGGUUUGGGUCUCCGAGCGUUUAUCAUGCUGUCAUCGUCAUAUUUCUGGAGUUCUUUGCUUGGGGUUUACUGACAGCACCUACUUUGGUUGCUCUUCAUGAAACAUUCCCAAAGCACACGUUUCUCAUGAAUGGCUUGAUUCAGGGAGUCAAGGGUCUUCUGUCCUUUUUAAGUGCUCCUCUGAUUGGUGCUCUGUCUGACGUGUGGGGGAGAAAGUCAUUUCUUUUACUCACUGUGUUCUUCACAUGUGCACCUAUUCCUUUAAUGAAGAUAAGCCCAUGGUGGUACUUUGCGGUUAUUUCGGUAUCCGGAGUGUUUGCAGUUACCUUUUCAGUUAUUUUUGCCUAUGUGGCCGACAUCACCCAAGAACACGAGCGCAGUAUGGCGUAUGGCAUGGUUUCGGCUACGUUUGCGGCGAGUCUCGUGAUAAGCCCGGCAAUUGGUGCAUAUCUAAGUCAGGUCUAUGGAGACAGUCUGGUUGUGGUUCUGGCUUCGGCCAUCGCUAUGCUGGACAUCUGCUUUAUCCUGGUGGCUGUGCCAGAAUCGCUUCCUGAGAAAAUGAGGCCAGCGUCCUGGGGCGCCCCGAUAUCAUGGGAACAAGCAGACCCCUUUGCUUCUCUGAGGAAAGUGGGACAAGACUCAACCGUUCUGCUUAUCUGUAUAACAGUGUUCCUGUCUUAUCUGCCUGAGGCUGGACAAUACUCCAGCUUCUUCCUGUAUCUGCAACAGAUAAUGGGAUUCUCACCUGAAAGUGUUGCAGCUUUCAUUGCUGUUUUAGGCUUGCUGUCAAUUGUUGCACAGACUGUAAUAUUAAGUUUACUCAUGCGUUCCAUUGGGAACAAGAACACAAUCCUGCUGGGUUUGGGAUUUCAGAUUCUGCAGCUCGCCUGGUAUGGAUUCGGAUCGGAGCCAUGGAUGAUGUGGGCAGCUGGAGCUGUUGCCGCCAUGUCCAGUAUCACUUUUCCGGCUGUGAGCGCCCUGAUUUCCCGCAACGCCAAUCCUGAUCAGCAAGGUGUGGGUCAGGGUAUGGUCACAGGAAUCCGCGGGUUGUGUAACGGCCUCGGUCCGGCCCUCUAUGGUUUCAUCUUCUACAUCUUUCAUGUUGAGUUGGACCAGGUUCCAGAGAAAGGACUAGAUGUACAGCACCACCACGAUCACCACCAACAGAGUGCAAUAAUCCCUGGACCGCCGUUCCUCUUUGGUGCAUGUUCUGUGCUCCUUGCGCUCCUGGUGGCCCUUUUCAUCCCCGAGCACCCUCAUAUGGGUGCUCGUGCGGGCAGCUGGAAGAAGCACAUGUCACCACACGGGCACCCGCACAGUCCCCACCCACCCGGAGAGGCCAAAGAGCCCUUGCUACAGGACACUAAUGUGUGAUUGGCUGUUAAAGAUAUGGGCACAUUGGUCACGCCCUCUAUCCAUUAAGGAAAGAGUUGCGCAUGGAGGCUGUUAUCGUAUAUUGAAAUGUAAAGCUAUAUCUGAGCAGUCCUCAGUCCUGUCUCCGUAGAUCUACUUUCAAGCCGGAUUUUCAUUGUCGGGACGUAUCUUGCUGUAUCAAAAAUAGAGCACCACUUUUUAAAGAUAUGUAUAUAGAAGAACAUAUAUUUAACGGCAGUUCUGUCCAAAAGCACUAUC